AUGCAGCUCAAGAACGUCAUCCUCGCCGCCACGGCCGCCGCCACGGUCUCUGCCGCUCCUACCGACGGACAGAAGCCCUUCGGUGUCCUCGCCAUCCACUCCGGCAGCGGCGUCCAGAACAGCGGCUUCAACGCUGCCAAGAGUAGCCUCUUCGCUGGCCUUCCUUCCCAGAACGCCAGCUGCGCUCGUCCCGAGGACGGCCAGACCGCUACCUUCUACAUCAAGGACAGUGAACUCUACCUCUACGACCAGUCCGCUACUCCCCAGAAGUUCUACGUCGACCGCUCCGGCAUGGGCCAGGGCAAGAUCGGAUACACCACUGGUGCCCAGCAGCCUCCUAAGAACGCCGAGCAGAAGGGCUGGUCUGUCAGCGAGCAGAACUAUCUCCAGUUCGGCGGGAAAAGCCUGAUCGCUUGCCCCAACAGCAUCGACGGUGCCUGGAGCAUCUGGGCUUCCGCUGGUGUUGAUAACCCUGCUGGUAACGAGAACUGCGUUGGUAUUGCUUCUCGUGUUAUCGAGUCUACCAACCCCAACGGCUGCAAGUACACUGAGUAA